AUGACUGACUUAGGACCAUUUUCAAGUAGCACUGCGUUUUGUGCUAGAUGUGGGUCCAUUUUACCACUACUUCAAGAAUUUGGAUCCGUGAAAUGUUACGCUUGCAAAGCGAUUUAUGAUGCAGAAAAUUUUAGUAAUUUGAAGUUCCAGUAUACAAUUAAUUUUAAUUCCGUAUCAGUGGUGACACACGAAAACCUAUUGAACAGAGAUGACCCAGAAGGACCGGUCGUUGAAAGAAAGUGUCCCAAAUGUGGAAAUGACAGGAUGUCCUAUGCUACACUACAGCUGCGAUCGGCUGAUGAAGGCCAAACUGUAUUUUACACAUGUAUAGCAUGCAAGUACAAAGAAACGGAGAAUUCG